AUGAGCGGCGGACGCUCUGUUGUUACUGGUACGAUUGAGGAGAUCCGAGCCGAGUUCAACAAGUUCUUCGCGGCUAUCGGAACGAUGGUGCCUCCGCCGGAGAACAGUGUCAGCACCGUCGACGAGAGGACAGCAGAAGGCGUCUCCGUUCGCGUAUACACACCUGCAGAUCUGCCUCACAGCGCUCACACUGGCCUGUACAUCCACUGCGGCGGCUGGGUUUGCGGCUCCAUCGACCACGAACACCACUUAGCGCGCGAAUUGGCCCUCGACGUACCAUGCCGUCUUGUAUCAGUCGACUACCGCCUGGCACCCGAGCAUCCAUUGCCCGCAGCUCUCGAUGACUGCGUCUCAGCCUGGAAUUGGAUCAGCUCAGCUCCAGGCUUCACAAACAGCAAGCUUUCCGUCGUCGGCGGCUCCGCAGGCGGACAUCUCAUCCUUACCACUACGCUCAAACUCCUCUCCACGGCAAACACACCACGCCUCCCCACCGCCAUCUUCUCCCUCUGCCCAAGCGUCUGCAUGCUCCAAGCCUAUUCUUCCAUCCCCCACAGCGCUCACACUGGCCUGUACAUCCACUGCGGCGGCUGGGUUUGCGGCUCCAUCGACCACGAACACCACUUAGCGCGCGAAUUGGCCCUCGACGUACCAUGCCGUCUUGUAUCAGUCGACUACCGCCUGGCACCCGAGCAUCCAUUGCCCGCAGCUCUCGAUGACUGCGUCUCAGCCUGGAAUUGGAUCAGCUCAGCUCCAGGCUUCACAAACAGCAAGCUUUCCGUCGUCGGCGGCUCCGCAGGCGGACAUCUCAUCCUUACCACUACGCUCAAACUCCUCUCCACGGCAAACACACCACGCCUCCCCACCGCCAUCUUCUCCCUCUGCCCAAGCGUCUGCAUGCUCCAAGCCUAUUCUUCCAUCCCCACCGAGCUUCAACAUUUCCUCCACCCAGACUCGAUAUACCAAGACGCAGCUACCAUCAAUCGCAGCACUACCUUGACAUGUGGAGCCGCCUAUAUUGGUGGUUCCAAUGACCCUGCGAAUCCUUUGAUAACAUCAAUUUUCCAUGAACAGCUCAAGAGCUUGCCGCCGGCUUACUUGACGACUAGCGGUAAGGAUCCACUGAAUGACGAGGCGAGAAUGUUGCAGUGUGAACGCCCGCCUGGGGGUGACGAUCAAGCCAGGCACAAGGAUCUUCACCAUGAGAAAGCUAUGGAGAUCUCUUACAUGUUUACUCUGGCUUGA